UAUAUACGACGACGAUAGCGACAACUUUCGAUUAGGUCAUAAAAUGCAAGAGAGAAAAAGAACGGCGGCGUGAUAUAGCAAACACUGGUUGUCCGCCUCACCUCGGCCUUCAACCAAUGCUUUAUACUUUAAAAGCUAUUAGAUUUUCAUUACCGUCGUUGGUCGGUACUGCCGAAGUGCAACGAAAUUCCCCCCGCUUGUGACUGCUUCUUACAUUAUGCCUGACAAAUUCAAUUAACGACAAUCAUGUCAGCUUUUCAUUCUCUUCCCCACUAUGCUCGCUGUUACUUUAACCAACGACGUACCUGCUAACGCUGCAGAAACAAAAUACAAGCACUCCGUAUCCGUCGGAAAGAUUGAUACACCAAAGCCUGUGCCUGGAAAGCAGGUUUUGGUCAAAAUACAAGCUGUCAGCUACAAUCACAGAGAUAACUGGAUUCGUCAAGGCAUGUAUCCAGGAAUCCAAGUCGGCUCAGUCCUUGGCUCAGACGGUGUAGGCGUUGUUGUCGAAAGUGAUGAUGCAUUGAAAGGACAAAAAGUAGUUAUUGUUCCUGGCAAGGGAUGGGAUAGUGAUCCUCGUGGACCCGAAGGAAAAUAUGGAAUUCUAGGUCUACUCCCUCAUCCUGGCACGUGGGGAGAAUAUGUUGUUGUAGACAAGGAAGAUGUUGUUCCAUGCCCAUCGCACCUCUCGAUCUCGCAAGCUGCUGCUUUUCCGCUUGCUGGACUAACAGCCUUCAGGGCUACCUUCACUAAGGGAGAAGUCACGAAGGGUGACAAUGUCCUUGUCACUGGUAUCGGUGGCGGCGUGGCUCUUUUCGCACUUCAAUUUGCUGUUGCCGCUGGUGCAAACGUCUAUGUUACAUCUUCUAAGGAAGAUAAGAUCCAACGUGCAAUCGAAUUGGGAGCCAAAGGAGGAGUCAAUUACAGAAAAGAAAAUUGGCACAAAGAUCUACAGGCUUUGCUCGGAAAGGGUCAAAUAUCAACCGUCAUUGAUGGAGCUGGCGGCGCCGCUUAUGGUGUAUAUCCUCGAGUAAUGAGCGUAGGUGGUAUCAUCGCCAACUAUGGCCAAACUUCGACUCAGCACCCAGUGACUUUCCCGAUGACUUAUGUUUUGAAGAACAUCGACCUUCGUGGAAGCACCAUGGGUUCCCGCAAGGAGUUUUAUGACAUGGUCAAAUUUAUCGAUCAGCAUAAAAUUGUGCCUAUUGUAUCUCAAGUUUGGAAGGGAUUGACCGUAGAUAAUAUUGAAGAUGCUUUCUCCGUGAUGAGAAAUGGAGAACAAUUUGGAAAACUUGUCAUCGAGAUGGCUGAUACCACUAACACCAAAUUGUGAGCUUAGACGUAAACCCGUAACGUAAAUUAUGAACUGAAAUGAAAUGAAAUGAAAUAAAAUCGUUGUUUGCUUUUG